AUGGCUCGGGUCCAUGAGUGGGAAGGGACGGGGAAGGUGGCGCGGUCCGGGAGGAGGAGGGAUUGGGGAAGGUGGGCGGGUCCGGAGGGAGGAGGGAGUGGGAAUGACGGAUCGGGUGCGAAGGGGGAAGCAGGUGGGGAUGGUGGCGCGGGUCUGGAGGGGGAAGGGAGUGGAAAUGACGAAUCGGGUGCGGAGGGGCAAGCAGGUGGGGAUGGCGGCGCGUGUGCGGAGGAGGGAGGAAGUGGGGAUGACGGAUCGGGUGUAAAGGGGGAAGCGGGUGGGUAUGAUGAGACGGGUCCGGGGGCGGAAGCGAGUGGGGAUGGUGCAGCGGUGCCGAUAGGGGAGGCCGGUGGGGGCCUGUUUGGCGGAGUGCGAGAGAAGGAAGGGGCGUGGGGAUGGUGUUGUGGGUCCGGAAGAUGA